AUGGCACUACACACCAUCGAAGCUACACCAUCUCUUCCCCACAACAGCAGAUCGAUGCUGGAGAUGCCAGCAAACCAACAGUACAACUACACAUAUAUGGUGGACAUGCCCAGAGAUCUGCAAAUACUGGACGCGAAUCUCGGGUGUGAUAUACCAGAUUCUCCGGAAGAACAUUCCGUUACACCCAGACACGUACCUAUUUUUCCUCCCACCCUCGAGCAUGCAAAAACACGAAAAAACACUUCUAUUCCACCUCAUCACAGCAGCGAACCAACUUAUCCUGGCCCUAUGGAAACAAUCUCAAACACCCACCACACGGGAAUGGAUACAAAAGGUUGA